AUGGGUACAGAUUUCUCCCCUUCAUCCAUUUUACCAAAAUGGAUGCGCGUUGGGACAGUGGAGUUCUCUACUCCCCACCUUAGUCACCUUCUCUGGAUCCUGUUCUUCCCUUCACCUUCAUCUGUACAGUCUGAGAUCUUCAUAAACAAUGAAUGGCACGAUGCCAUCAGCAGGAAAACAUUCCCCACCGUCAAUCCGUCCACUGGAGAGGUCAUCUGUCAGGUAGCUGAAGGGGACAAGGAAGAUGUGGACAAGGCAGUGAAGGCCGCCCGGGCUGCCUUCCAGCUGGGCUCACCUUGGCGCCGCAUGGACGCAUCACACAGGGGCCGGCUGCUGAACCGCCUGGCCGAUCUGAUCGAGCGGGACCGGACUUACCUGGCGGCCUUGGAGACCCUAGACAAUGGCAAGCCCUAUGUCAUCUCCUACCUGGUGGAUUUGGACAUGGUCCUCAAAUGUCUCCGGUAUUAUGCCGGCUGGGCUGAUAAGUACCACGGGAAAACCAUUCCCAUUGACGGAGACUUCUUCAGCUACACACGCCAUGAACCCGUGGGGGUGUGUGGGCAGAUUAUUCUGUGGAAUUUCCCACUCCUGAUGCAAGCAUGGAAGCUGGGCCCAGCCUUGGCGACUGGAAACGUGGUUGUGAUGAAGGUAGCUGAGCAGACGCCCCUCACCGCCCUCUAUGUGGCCAACUUGAUCAAGGAGGCCGGCUUUCCCCCUGGUGUGGUCAACAUUGUGCCUGGAUUUGGCCCCACUGCUGGGGCCGCCAUUGCCUCCCAUGAGGAUGUGGACAAAGUGGCAUUCACAGGCUCCACCGAGAUUGGCCACGUAAUCCAGGUUGCUGCCGGGAGCAGCAAUCUCAAGAGAGUGACCCUGGAGCUGGAGGGGAAGAGCCCCAACAUCAUCAUGUCAGAUGCCGAUAUGGAUUGGGCCGUGGAACAGGCCCACUUCGCCCUGUUCUUCAACCAGGGCCAGUGCUGCUGUGCCGGCUCCCAGACCUUCGUGCAGGAGGACAUCUAUGAUGAGUUUGUGGAGCGGAGCGUUGCCCGGGCCAAGUCCCGGGUGGUUGGGAACCCCUUUGAUAGCAAGACCGAGCAGGGGCCGCAGGUGGAUGAAACUCAGUUUAAGAAGAUCCUCGUCUAUAUCAACACUGGGAAACAAGAGGGGGCGAAGCUGCUGUGUGGUGGGGGCAUUGCUGCUGACCGUGGUUACUUCAUCCAGCCCACCGUGUUUGGAGACGUGUAGGAUGGCAUGACCAUCGCCAAGGAGGAGAUCUUCGGGCCGGUGAUGCAGAUCCUGAAGUUCAAGACCAUAGAGGAGGUUGUUGGGAGAGCCAACAAUUCCACAUACGGGCUGGCCGCAGCUGUCUUCGCAAAGGAUUUGGACAAGGCCAAUUACCUGUCCCAGGCCCUCCAGGUGGGCACUGUGUGGUAA